UCAAUGUCCUGUAGUGAGUGCUAUGAGAGCUGGACGAUACGCUGCUUCCUGCCUCGUACUGAGGACAGGAGGAAGAGGAAGAGAGGCUCCUAGUGAUAGUACGAGGUGGAGGGGGAGGACACAGGUGCCAUGGACAGGUAACAGAGACCUUCACUCAGUUCCUGCAGUAGGCUGUCAUCGGCAGAAUGACUGAGUGCUUUCUGCCCCCCACCAGUAGCCCCAGCGAACAUCGCAGGGCAGAGCAUGGAGGGGGAUUGGCCCGUACACCAAGCUCUGAAGAAAUUAGCCCUACUAAAUUCCCAGGUCUAUAUCGCACUGGAGAACCUUCGCCUCCCCAUGACAACCUCCAUGAGCCUCCUGACAUAGUCUCUGAUGAUGAGAAAGAUCAUGGCAAGAAAAAAGGAAAGUUUAAGAAGAAGGAGAAAAGAACGGAAGGUUAUGCUGCCUUCCAGGAGGACAGCUCCGGAGAUGAAGCAGAAAGCCCGUCCAAAAUGAAGAGAUCCAAGGGGAUCCAUGUAUUUAAGAAACCAAGUUUUUCCAAGAAGAAGGAGAAAGACUUUAAAAUAAAGGAAAAGCCUAAAGAGGAGAAGCACAAAGAAGACAAGCACAAAGAGAAGAAGUCCAAGGACCUGACUGCUGCUGAUGUGGUCAAACAGUGGAAGGAGAAAAAGAAAAAAAAGAAACCCACAGCAGAACCAGAGCCUCCCCCUGUAGAUGUGCCCAGGCCACGUCCAGUGUUUGGAAUCCCACUUACUAAAGCAGCAGAAAGGACCAUGAUGUGUGAUGGGAUCCGACUACCGGCAGUGUUCCGAGAGUGCAUGGAUUUCAUCGAGCAACAUGGCAUGAAAUGUGAAGGCAUCUAUAGAGUGUCAGGAAUCAAGUCAAAGGUCGAUGAGUUGAAGGCAGCCUAUGAUCGAGAGGAGUCUCCAAAUCUUGACGACUAUGAGCCUUAUACAGUUGCCAGCCUACUGAAGCAAUACUUGCGGGAGCUACCUGAGAAUGUGCUUACCAAAGACCUGAUGCCUCGGUUUGAAGAAGCAUGUGGCAAAAGCUCUGAAGCUGAAAGGCUGCAAGAGUGUCAGCGUCUCUUGAAGGAGCUGCCGGAAUGCAACCUCUACUUGAUUUCAUGGUUAAUUGUUCACAUGGACCAUGUCAUAGAGAAAGAACUUGAAACUAAAAUGAAUAUACAAAAUAUUUCUAUUGUGCUCAGCCCAACUGUCCAGAUCAGUAACCGUGUUCUAUAUGUAUUUUUUACACACGUUCAAGAACUCUUUGGAGGAAUCGUCGUUAAGAAAGUGAUUAAACCUCUCCGUUGGUCUAAUAUGGCCACCAUGCCUGCACUGCCUGAAACACAAGAUACCAUUAAAGAAGAAAUCAGACGACAGGAAUUUCUUUUAAAUUGCCUGCAUCGGGAUCUUCAGGCUGGCAUUAAGGAUCUCUCUAAGGAAGAAAGGCUGUGGGAGGUACAGAGGAUCUUGACGGCUCUUAAAAGGAAGUUACGAGAAGCUAAAAGGCAGGACUGUGAAACAAAAAUUGCACAAGAAAUUGCCAGCCUUUCUAAGGAAGAUGUUUCCAAAGAAGAAAUGACUGAAAAUGAAGAAGAAGUCCUUAAUAUACUGCUUGCACAGGAAAAUGGAAUACAACAAACUGGUAACACCACUCCAGGUGAAAGUAAUUCCUUCCUUAAAUUGUCAGAUGCUGGUCCAGUCUAUGAUCUGGCCAAGCAGUCCAAUAGCAAAGUGAAUGACCGCACUUCAAAAAAUAAAGAAAAAAGCUUUAUUGUACAAAAAUAUCCAACAUCAAAAAUAGUUCAUGACCACAUCAUGACGCAUGCUCGAGAGGAGCAUGGUUGACGCGUUUCACUAAUUUCUUUGCUUAAUCAUAAGCACUAGAAACCAAGAUUCCUAAAUGGCUACAAUGCAGCUGAAUGGUGUUAAAGUGCUUAAUCGGCUCGCUCCAGACAAACAUUUCAAAAAACAUUGGUAAACAAAAAAUACAUAUAGGUAACUUUGUAUUUGUCGGAAAAAAAACACCCCUACCCCUGUGUGUGUGUGUAUGUAUGUAUGUAUAUAAAUGUGUAAAUAAUUGGUGACUUGCCAUAAAAAGAUAACUGGAUCUAUAUAUACUCUAUAACCCGGGAGAGGGUGUGAUAGAAAAGUCGCAUAGAAAAUGCAUGUAGAAAAAUGACACGUACUGAAAUAAUACUUAGUCUAAUUUUAAUAUAAUUUUUUUUAGUACAUGUACAUAUGUUCUAUUGAAGCCGCAUAUAUAUAUAUAAAAACAAUAAUACUAAUAACGGCCCUAAUCGGCCUUAAUGCUGGAUUGUAUCUUACCUAAGGGAUAAAUCAAUGUGACAACAACUAUUCAUAGUAAUGUGUCGCAUCCCAUUCGAAGUUUAACCCAUUGGGUAUCCUGGUUUGAAGCUUAAAGAUCCAAAAUAACUCUCUCAUUGUAGAGGAGAUGGAAAAUAUCCCCCCUCCUGCGGUGUUUGGACUUUAACCAGGGACAGAUCUCCAUUAUGCAUGCUAUUAACCACUUGCUUACUGGGCACAUAUACCCCCUUCCUGCCCAGGCGAAAUUUCAGCUUUCAGCACCGUGUCG